GACACGAACCCAUUUCUAAGACUGAGUCUCCGGUCAAAACCCACAAAGCAAAACAAUACACCAUAAAAACAGACUUGAAGGGCGGAAGGAACCGCGCGGCAAGCUCAUCGAAACCCUUCUACUAAGCCCAUUUACACGGGUUCGCGCUGUACUUGUACCUACAGCGCCAGGCGCACCGGAGCUUCUUGCCAGUUUUACGCGCGUGCGCGCAACCCGCGUCGAAAUGGACGCCCUCGAAGACUACCACGCCGUCCUCACAACCCUCUACUCCCUCCUCUCACCUAUCCUCUACCCAACCCUCCGCUUCCUAAACUGGGCACGCACCCUCCUCCUCCCCCUCCUCCGCCCUCUCCUCCUCCAACUCACCAACGCCGCGCACGACUCCCCCGCCAUCGUGUCCCUGGGCGUGUUGCUGGUGACGCUGUACAUCUCGAUGCGGGUGAUGGGGUUUAUGCAAAGGAUGGUUGCGUUUGGGGCGCGGCUUAUCUUUGGGUUGGUGUUUUAUGGCGCGAUUGUCGUGGGGGGGAUGAUGGUUUAUCAGAGGGGCGUGGAGAGGACGGCGAGUGAUGUGCUCGGGUGGGUGGGGGAGGUGCAGAGGAUUUGGGUGAGGGAGUAUGGGAGGUGGGAGGAGGUGCAGAAUCAGGCUUCGGGGGGGAGGCAAAGGGGGGGGAGGGAGAGGUGGUGA